AUGAGCACUCCAGCUGAGUUGCGCCGUGAUGAGCACGUCCACGCCGACAACGAUGUCCGCCAGCCGUGCCGUCCCAGCCCCAGCUGUCCCCGCCCCAGCGGCGGCAACCAGGGCCCUUGCCUGCCCAACACGGUGUCGAUUCCCUGCAACCACAUCCGCAUGGGCGACUUCCUGAUGCUUCAGGGCCGCCCCUGCCAGGUGAUUCGCAUCUCGAUCUCGGCUGCCACCGGCCAGUACCGCUACCUUGGUGUCGACCUCUUCACCAAGCAGCUGCACGAGGAGUCGUCGUACAUCUCCAACCCCGAGCCCAGCGUGGUCGUCCAGACCAUGCUCGGCCCCGUCUUCAAGCAGUACCGUGUCCUUGACAUGCACGAUGGCCGCAUCGUCGCCAUGACCGAGACUGGUGACGUCAAGCCUGACCUCCCCGUCAUUGACCAGUCCAACCUCUGGUCCCGUCUCAACACUGCCUUCGAGUGUGGCCGUGGCUCCGUCCGCGUUCUCGUUCUCAACGACCGCGGCCGUGAGCUCGCCGUCGACAUGAAGACGAUCCACGGCUCUCGCCUGGCCCGCCGUGUCUCUGGUGUUAGGCAGUAG